GAAGCGGUGCAGAUAAAGCCCAUCGCAAAGUGCGUCACAGCGUUCAGCUGCCAAGAAAGAAAACGCAAGAAUUGCAAUCGGUCGGCAGGAAAAAAAAAAUACAUAUAUAUAUACAUCUUUUCUGUGACUAGGAGACCCGAGCGGACGUUUCCGGUCCAGCAUGGUGAAGAUUGCUUUCAACUCGGCUCUGGCGCAGAAGGCGCUGGGCAAAGAGGUGCCAGCCGCUGUGAAGGAUCCAGAGCUGGCCUCUGCUCCAGCGGCUACGGAGGGCUCCACAGGUCGCUGUUUGCUCAGCCUGCUCGGCGUCGCCUUCAUCUUGAGUGGGCUCAUCGUGGGGGGAGCGUGUCUCUACCGAUAUUUUAUCCCAAAGAGGCUGUAUCAUGGUGCAAUGCAGUUCACUGACAUGUCCACCGUGGCAGAGAGCCAGCCGUACUACCUGCCGCGGGUGGAGGAGGAAGUGGAGAUCUCGGACAGCAUGGCCGUCAUCAGCGUGCCCCCUCCUCGCUUCCGACCCGGAGACCCUGCGUACAUCCUCCACGACUUCAACAGGAAGCUGACUGCAUACCUGGAUCUGACUCUGAGGACCUGCUUUGUGAUUCCUCUCAACACUUCGGUGGUUCUCCCCCCUCAGGACCUCAUUGAUCUCUUCUCACAGCUGAUGUCUGACUCAUACCGCAGCUACCUGGUGCACGAGGACCUUGUGGUCACUGAGCGCAUUGAUGAUAUCAAGCCACUGGGUUUCUAUAUCCGCCGGCUGUGUGAUGGAAAGGAAACUUACAGAAUGCAACGCCGAUCCAGCCUGCAAGGCGGAAACAUCCAAAAGCGCUCUGCCGACGACUGCUUCACCAUCCGCCACUUUGAGAACAAGUUUGUAACGGAGACCCGCAUCUGCAAGGCUUGAGGAAAUGAGGGCAUGACUGCAGGUCAGAAAGGGGAACAGGGUGUGCCUAGGUGGCGGAGGGAGUGAGUGGAUGAACGACAGCGACAGGAAGAACAACUUUCAGCAGAAAGCUACUUUUGUACAAAUGGUUUUGCCUCCCUUCCUUCCCAGCUUGUGUUGAUUGAAUUUAGGUUACAGAGUCACUGCUGCUGUAUUUACCUUAAUGUGUUUAGGUCCUAGCUUUCUUGCUCAAGUAUUUAUUACCUAGUGUUUAUUGUCAACUUUAGACACACUAAGUUUAAUUUGUUCUGUUAAAAUCUGUUUUGUUGCUGUGACUUCCUGCAGACUGAUCUUAUUGAUGUUAUUAUAUUACAGGUCAGAGUUGUCAGACCUUCUACUAAAUAUUUUAGUCCUGCUGAGAAGGUGUGAGAUUUGUCUUGUGUCUUCUGUCACCACCUUUUACAGAGCAGCUUAAACUGCUUGCUGUACUGCAUACUGAUAGGGUGGAAAUGCAGGACAGUUACAGUACACUAAACGCACACUUGUUGACUUUAUUGGUUGUUAACAUGGAUGAGUAGUCAACAGCUGCCACCCAUCACUUUUGUAGAUAUUUCCCAGAGUGCCCUGCUGCUCUCGUGGUGGGGGGGGGCUGCUCCUCUGUCCUGCUGUGUCUGAGCAGUUUUUGUGUUUGUGUAGAGACAUUUAUAGAUGUUACCUAGUAAAAAGGAUGAGCUAAACCAGAGUGACCAAGUUGACGUCUGUUUGCCUGGUUUGAUUUAUGAAUUUCUUGGUAUAUUUCAUUUUAACCUAAACAACAAAUAGAUGUAAUGCGCUAAUUAUAGUUAUUUGUGAGAUUUCAAGUUUUUACAUUUUUCACUGAAACUCCUAUGCUGUUUAGAUCAAUUUACAUAAAACCAUUAUGGUUGAGUUGGAAAUCCCAUAACAGACAAAAAAAAAUUUCCAAAGAUUUUUUGAAAUGGCUUUGUGCCAAAAAAAAAGGAAGCAAAUAAAAAAAAUGUGACAGUUCUUUUAGUGGUUUGUUCUGUGAAUCCCACACAUGAAGACAAUCAGAAGGAAGUACGCUUGUGGAGAUAGGCUUCUGACUGCGUUUCAACAGAACUCAAGUUAAAUAGAAAGAAACAACCUGGUGUAAAACUACUGAACUCAAUUUUGUUUUGUUGUUGAAUAAAGUUGGUUUUCUUAACCUACUGAAAAA